UCGUUUUUGACUUGAUCAGUGAUCAGUGUACAGAUGACCUCCUUACCCUUUGUAAAAUUAAAAUGGACACACAAAAUGCUGCUUGGUCCACAGUGAGGUGCCGACUCUGUUUACAUUGUUUUCUGGUCUCCUUUUACAAAAGAAGCCGGGGACCGUGUAAGCUUAUCAGGGUGAAUUCGACGGGGUCAGAGUUCGUAUUUUGUGGACCGCAGGCAGCGGCAAGGUGAAUGAUUCUGGCUAACACAUUAUUAACAGAAAACCUCAGGUGUCUAAAUGCUGUUUUUGCGUAUAGCAGUUAAAACGGCCCUCAGAAGGACAAGGGUACUCAGUGGGCAGAUUCAUGGGUCUGCCCCGAUGUCGACGGCGGUGUCUCAGGAUGGUGUGAUACUGGACACCGUGAACACCACUGGUGUCAUAACACUGGACAGGCCAAAGAAACUGAACACACUGGACCUGCCCAUGAUCAGGAGAAUCUACCCACAGUUAAAAUCCUGGGAGAAGGACCCUAACAUCCAUCUGGUGGUUAUCAAGGCUUCAGGAGACAAAGCUUUCUGUGCAGGAGGCGAUGUAGUAGCUGUAACAGAAGCAGGGAAGGUUGGAGAUAGGCUGGCACAAGAUUUCUUCAGAGAGGAGUAUAUUCUCAAUAAUGCUAUUGGGACGCUCAAAACCCCAUAUGUUGCCAUCAUUAAUGGAAUCACAAUGGGAGGGGGUGUUGGUUUGUCAGUCCAUGGUAAAUUCAGGGUUGCCACAGAGAAAACUUUAUUUGCCAUGCCUGAGACUGCGAUAGGUCUUUUCCCAGAUGUAGGUGGGGGUUAUUUCCUGCCUCGACUGGGCAGCCAUCUUGGAAAUUACCUGGCGUUGACAGGAUUUAGGUUAAAAGGAGCAGAUGUUCAGAAGGCAGGCGUAGCGACACAUUUUGUGGACUCAAGUGAGAUUCCAGAUAUGUUUGAUGCACUUGUGAAAUUACCAUCCCCAACAGAAAAAGAUAUUUCCAAUGUAUUGGAGGACUACCAUAGGAAGUGCUCUCCAGACAAGGAAUUUGUACUGCAAUCCCACCUAGAUGACAUCAAUCGUAAUUUUGGGGGAGAAACGGUAGAGGAAAUAAUGUCAGCAUUAGAAAAAGAUGGUUCUGAGUGGGCUACAAAACAGUUAGAAACAUUGAAAAAGAUGUCUCCAACCUCCAUGAAGAUCACCCUGCGUCAGCUCCAAGUGGGUGGUAAACUCAGCCUGGAGGAGUGCCUGAGGAUGGAGUACAGGAUGACACAGGGGUGUGUGAGGGGGAAAGACUUCUACGAGGGAGUUAGAGCAGUGCUUGUAGACAAAGACCAGAGUCCAAAGUGGGACCCUGCAACACUGGAAGAAGUGACUAAUGAAGUGGUGGAAAGCUAUUUCAAACCUUUACCCGAGGAAAAAGAGUGGAAAGCACAGUUAUGAUGAGGGGUGAUUGUGCUAGAUGUGCAGGGCAAAGUGUCACAACUAACACAAUGGUGGUGUUUGGCCAUCUUCUCCAACACAGUUAUAGGAAUGGUGCCAACCUUUGAUUUUUUUAAACAUAAAUUAUGACAAAGGAGAGAACCAUGACUUCAUCAAAUUGAUAAUUAUUAUAACCUUUUUAAGUGACACUAUGGCUAAAAUGAUCACGAAAGUAUUUUCUAUUAAAAGGAAUUUAACCGUGAGCCAUUACCAAAUCAUUUAUGAUUUGUGAUAUACUGUAAUUAUCAAGAGAAAAUAUCUAGUCUGUCAGAUUAAACAGAAUUGGAAAAUAAUACAUAAUUGUCCUUAUGAUUAAAUGUGGGUUGUGAUAUGACAUCGCUACUUGGAUGAAAUAAAUUACAGUAGAUCAUGAAGUAAGUUGCUCAAAGUGAUCAGCAAUAAUAUUGUGAGAAGGACUCAUUACUUUCGUACAUGGCUCUUCUGUUUU